CGCUGGGGGGGCUGCGGCUCGGCGGCACGUCGUGGCUCCCCGCAGGUCAAGAAUAAACUGUCUAAUCCAGAGCAAAGAUGCAGAGCACUUCAAAUUACCUGUGGCUCUUGUCUGACAUUCUAGGACAAGGAGCUACUGCAAAUGUUUUUCGUGGACGACACAAGAAAACUGGGGAUUUAUAUGCCGUCAAAGUAUUUAACAGUAUAAGCUUCCUUCGUCCUGUGGAUGUUCAGAUGCGAGAGUUUGAAGUACUGAAGAAACUGAAUCAUAAAAAUAUUGUCAAACUGUUUGCUAUUGAAGAAGAGACAACUACUAGAAAUAAAGUACUAGUUAUGGAAUUUUGUCCGUGUGGAAGUUUAUAUACUGUUUUAGAAGAGCCAUCUAAUGCCUUUGGUUUGCCAGAGUCUGAGUUCUUAAUUGUUUUGAGAGAUGUGGUGGCUGGGAUGAAUCAUCUCCGGGAGAAUGGAAUAGUGCACCGUGACAUCAAACCAGGCAAUAUAAUGCGUGUUAUAGGUGAAGAUGGUCAGUCUGUUUACAAACUGACAGACUUUGGUGCUGCAAGAGAACUGGAAGAUGAUGAACAAUUUGUUUCUCUCUAUGGCACAGAAGAGUAUUUACAUCCAGAUAUGUAUGAGCGAGCAGUUUUGAGGAAAGAGCAUCAAAAAAAAUACGGAGCAACAGUUGAUCUAUGGAGCAUAGGGGUGACCUUUUACCAUGCUGCAACAGGGAGUUUGCCUUUCCGACCUUUUGAAGGACCUCGUAGAAACAAGGAAGUGAUGUAUAAAAUAAUUACUGGAAAGCCUUCUGGAGCUAUUUCUGGAAUACAAAAAGCAGAAAAUGGACCAAUUGAGUGGAGCUGGGAGAUGCCCAUUUCUUGUAGUCUUUCAAAGGGUCUGCAAGUAUUGCUCACACCUGUCCUUGCAAAUAUUCUUGAAGCAGACCAGGAAAAAUGCUGGGGAUUUGACCAGUUCUUUGCAGAGACAAGUGACAUACUGCACCGAAUAACAAUCCACAUCUUUUCACUACAGCAGAUGACCUUGCACAAAAUUUAUAUUCACAGCUAUAAUACAGCUGCUAUAUUUCAUGAGUUGGUCUACAAACAGACAAAAAUACCAUCUCAGAAUCAAGAACUGAUAUUUGAAGGUCGACGUUUAACACUAGAGCCUGGCAGAUUGGCACAACACUUCCCCAGAACUACUGAGGAGAAUCCUGUCAUUGUAGUAAGCAGGGAGGCUGUGAACAUUGUUGGAUUAAUCUACGAAGAAGUCUUACUUCCUAAAGUACACCAACGUUAUGACUUGGAUGGGGAUGCCAGUAUGGCUAAAGCAGUAACAGGUAUCGUAUGUUAUGCCUGUAGAGUUGCCAGUUCUUUGCUACUUUACCAGGAACUGAUGCGAAAAGGAAUACGAUGGCUAACGGAAAUAAUCAAGGACGAUUACAAUGAAAUAUUUCAUAGAAAGACAGAGGUUGUCAUCAAACUGGAUUUCUGCAGCAGAAACAUUGAGCGAGCUGAGAAAAUAUGUGAGAAUUUAAUGCAGAUCAACCUGGAAACAUCAGAAGUGGAUGAAAUUUCAGAGAUACAUGGGAAACUACUGCGCCUCUCCAGCUCUCAGGGCACAAUAGAAACUAGUCUUCAAGAUAUCAAAAACAAACUUUCUCCUGGUGGUUUACUGGCUGACACCUGGGCAAAUCAGGAAGGCAUGCAUCCAAAAGACAGAAAUCCAGAGAGGCUGCAGACACUGCUAUGUUCCAUCACAGAUAUUUAUUACCAGUUCAAAAAAGACAAAGCAGAACGUAGGCUUUCUUAUAAUGAAGAACAAAUACACAAGUUUGACAAACAGAAGCUGUAUUUGCAUGCUACAAAAGCUGUAACUCUAUUCAAAGAUGAAUGUGUCAGCAAGUAUGAUACAUUUCUGGACAAGGCUGAGGACUGGACAAGGAAAAUGCUUCAUGUAAGGAAACAGUUACUGGCUCUUAGCAACCAAUGUUUUGAUAUUGAAGAAGAGAUAUCCAAGUAUCAGGAUUAUAUAAAUGAGUUACAAGAUGCUCUGCCACAAAAAAUGUUUGCAGCUUCCAGUGGGAUGAAACACACAAUGAAUCCAGUUUAUCCAAGUUCAAACACAUUAGUGGAAAUGACUCUUGGUAUGAAGAAACUAAAGGAAGAAAUGGAAGGAGUUGUUAAAGAGCUGGUUGAGAACAAUCACAUUUUGGAAAGAUUUGGUACUUUGACUAUGGACGGUGGCCUGCGGAAUGUGGAUUGUAUCUAGCUAUCUAAGGACCUGAAAAGGACUUGUAAAUUUUUCAAAGGGAAAAAAUACUGUUGGAACAUUUAAAGACAGAUAAUAAAUCUGUACUCAGUUUUUCCUCUGCAACUGUAGUAUUAAAAAUGUAAAUAUGUAUAAUAUGUAAAUAUAAAAGAAAUAUAUAUAUCUUUUUUGUCAAUGUUAGGAAAGAAUUACUAUUGGCAGAGAAUUUAUGCGUUGAAGGCACUCUAGCAAAAUCCUAAAGACAGAAGUGAUGAAGCUGACGUUUGAAUAUUGCCCCCUUUUCAGAAUUCAGUAUACUCUUAUUACAAGAGAAUUGCAACUUUCAGAACUCUGCAAAUUUUGAAUAGUCUAUUAAGGGUGUUUUGAGAUUCCUUUAAUCACCACUAUUAUUUUGGCCUCUGGUUGAAUGACGUUGAUCAUCAUUUACUGAACAUAAAAGACUGUUUUAAAUAAGAUCUCUUUAAAUUAACAUGAAUAGGAACUAAAAGUGCAGAUGGGAGAGAGUGGAAAUGUGUUUUUUUCUUUCACAUCCAUGCUGUUCACUUCUACCUGAGAAAUAAAUUCACUUUUUUUUCUUUUUUUUAAGUCCUUGUCCAUAUUUGUGCCAUGUUGUCUGUAAUUAUUUGACUGGUCUUUAUUGUGGAGUUUUGUCCUUCAGGUUGCCAGAUCAAAUGUAAAAAUUCCUUUUGUGGAGUACAGCAUUUUCAGAAUUUCUCUGAAAUCUUGUUCCUUACCACAAGAGAAGUAGGAUCUUAGAAUUCGAUAGCCUUUUCAGAAUCCUGUUUGCAGGCAUAAAAAAAAGGUUAAAAAAUCUGUGUUGGAAUGUUUCAGUAGUCAGUAAACUGGAUAGCAUCAUGUUUCAGUGGUAACUAAAUAUUAGAAAAAUCUAAUCCAGAUGUUGCCUAGAUCUUGAAAGGGAUCACAUGCACUGCUGACUUAUGACUGAGAUACUAAACUUGAGGGGAGGUGGAAUUUAUUAAGAUUGUGUGUGUUUAUUUUCCACUAUAAAUUGGUAUUGCUUUUAUUACUACAUGAUUAGGUUGUAGAGAUGGAGAGUGAAAGUCUCCUCCAAAGCAUAUGAAAGAAGAGGAACAGGAAGAGGAAAACCAAAAAUUAUAAACCCCUCAAAACAUCCUACAGUGUUUGAAUGCCACAGACGUAUUUAUCUUUGUUUAAAGUGGAGCGCAUUCAAAUAUUGCAGGGCUCAUUUAGUAUUCUCAUUCUUCUGGGUGGAAGCUAGGCCGUGGAUGGUCAAUAGUAUCCAAGUAGCCCUUCUAAUUGCUGUACUGCAUCUGCUCAGGAAGAGCUGAUUCCAGGAUAUUUAGAAUUUUCCAUAAUUAAUGGUGAGACUUCCAGAUACAACUUAAGGAUUGGUAAGCUUUGGUACCAUCAGAUAGUUUUGUGAUUUUUAGUCCAUGCUUAUCUGUUCUCAAAAUACAAAACGUCCAAUGUAUUUCAAAAAUAUUUAAAUAGAAACUUAUGAAAUUUGUACUUGGUUCUCUUACUGUUAAAACAUGAGGAUACUCACUGCCUUGAAGUCUCUGAUACCUGCAUUCUAGUGUUCUUGGUGAGGAUCAAAUAUUAAAAGGAAAUUCAGACACUGAUGUAAUGAGCUUCAUACUUUGCAAACUUUUUGGGAAAAAAAUAGCUAUGCAAAACUAGUCCAACGAUUCUGUGUUUUUUCCUUGGUUAGCCAUGGCAUUCUUUAAUUAUUUGUUUCAAAAUACCUGCAUUAUGUGUAACUGGUAUGUUUUAAUGCCUGGUUAUACUUUCAUUCAUUCACAUCAAUAGUCUGACUGAGUGUCAGCAAAACAGAUAAAAGCCCAAUUUUUUG